AUUUGUUGUUUCUUGCCCGUGGUUAAAGCCACAAACUCUUGGUGAUUUCCUUCUACAAACCUGUGCUCUGCUACUCCACUUGCACUCACAUUACUUUCUUAAACCAUAAAGAACCCUCUAUUUGCCGUCAUAGAAUUCUGGCGCACGAUCGCUGAGUAUUGCAGAGCUUCAAGUCCACCGAUAUGUCCCAGUCCACCCAGGCUAGCGGCGUCGAGCCGCCCGAAGAUGACCCCUUCGACACCUUUAUGAGACAGCUGAACUCCCCCACGAACACCCGAGAACUCGAAUUCAUGAACAGAGAGCUUGAUCCCGGUGAAAAAGCAGAUGACGCUGUGGACUAUGAAGACAUCGAUGAUGAUGACGAUCUCCCCGAUGAAGAGCCACUCCAUGGUCAGGUUACCGUGGACACGGAAACCCAGGAGGGGGUUGAUAACUGGGACAACUUUACAAAGAGCCUCGAGAGCGAGCUUCAUGAGCAACCAGCGGUCGACGAGCUUGACGAUUUGUUUGGCGAUGUGCCCUCAUCUCCUGUUGCGGAGGGAGUAGAUAAACCCGUGGGGCUGCGGAUGCCACAAGAGACACCUGAUGAGUCGGGAGUGAAUUCACUGGUAGAUGAGGUCGACGCGAUAUUUAGCGGUGUCGACAGAGAGAGAUCCCCAACUCCAAUGGAUAUGGAUCCAGAGACGCUUCGACAGUACCAGCUACAGCAGGCUCUUUUUGCCAUGUCCUCCUAUGGCCCAGAUAACCCACCCGCACCCCCGGAAAACCACGAGGAGCUCCUAGCAUCGCUGUGGCCGAAGUUCGAUCGCAACUCUAUGCCACGCUUCCUUGAACUUCUACCUCCGAAAAAGUCUCAUUACAUCGGUAAGACGCCACUCAAGCGACCUAAGCGGGUUAUCCCUACGAAAUUAAAACUCGAGCUGGCUCAGGAUCAGGAGCGCAGUUUCCGUUCCACUGGUAAAACGGCGAGGCACGCUUCAGAGCUAGAAUCGCCUUCUGUGGUUGUAAUCACGCCACCCGCGAAAGAUGAGGAUACCCUGAGCGACAUCAUGGACUUGGAUGAUGAUGAUUUGGACGAGGAACUCCCGGGGGGUGUAACUAUGCAGGACUUACAGUUUAUUUGUGCAGACUGGGAUAUCAAAGAAGUUGUCUCCGAUGAAGAAGAGGUUGAAGGGGCUCCCCGGGCUGCUCCCAACGAUGAAUUCAGUGAAGAUGAAGAUGACUGGCUUUUUGAAGUUCCUCCUCCAGCCAAAAAGCGGAAGUUGGAUAAAGACCCAGCCGAUUAUCUUGCGCUUUCGCACAUCGAUUUACCCUUGUUGGAUGAUCCCGCAGAGACUACUGCUAAACUUGCGAGAAAGCUAAUACUCGAUAUGAACGAUCCUCGUCUUUUGAUCGAUGAAAGAACACCAGAGGUUUCGGUGCAAGCAACGAAAUUCGGAGGGGCCAGAAAACUCAGCGAAGUUUUCGGAAGCUCGACAAAACGCAUGAUGCAGCGUUAUAACAUAUCUAACGAUGAGGCUUAUGAGAUGUUAAAGGAGAAUCAUAAGAAUAAGGUACGCAGUACUUUGGGAAAUAUCGUGUUGGAGCACAGUAUGCCUGCAGUGCGACUUCAGUGGCCUUACUAUAAGACGAGGCUUGCAAGACAAGAAGCACGAUCCUUCCACCGUCCGGUUCUUACGUUUUUCCCUGGGCUCCCGGUCACUUUCAAAAAGCCAACGUUUAUUAAACGUAAACACCAAAAGGGCAAAGAUGCCAAAACUCUUUAUGACUCGACAAAGUCCUUGUCGUUGGCCGACAAUUCAACUGUUUUGUUGGUCGAAUAUUCCGAGGAGCAUCCAAUGAUGAUGUCAAAUUUCGGAAUGGGAAGCCGGGUGAUCAAUUAUUACCGGAAAAAAAACGCGGAGGACGCACUUCGCCCAAAGGGUGAAGUUGGAGAAACGGCGGUACUUCUUCCGGAAGACAAAAGCCCGUUUUCUACUUUUGGUCAUGUUGACCCGGGAGAAACAACCACUGCAAUUGCCACGGGAAUGUUCCUUGCCCCUUUAUUUCGUCAAGAACCCAAAGGUACCGAUUUCCUCGUUGUUAGAAACAGCACAGGCGUCGAGGGCGCGAGCUAUUACCUACGAAACAUUGAAAACCUUUAUGUUGCGGGCCAACAAUUCCCAUCCGUCGAUGUACCCGGACCUCAUUCGCGUAAGGUGACAACCGCAGCAAAGAACCGCUUAAAGAUGAUCUGCUAUCGUCAAAUCAGGAAAAAUAGGAACCAUAGAGUCAGUGUGGCUGAUAUCACGGAACAUUUUCCUGAAUCUACCGAUAUGCAGAAUCGCCAGAAGAUGAAGGAGUUCUUGCAGUUCUCGAAGGAUCAUAAAGAGUGGGAAAUGCGAUCAGGAGAACCCAUCCCGGACGAAGAUGUCCUACGUGGUUAUGUUAAGCCCGAAGAUGUCUGUCUUCUAGAGUCAAUGCAAGUCGGUUUACAAUAUCUGCAUGAUGCAGGCUACGAUCGGGAAGAAGACGAGGACGACGACGGAGAUAAAGAAGGUGAUAGCUUGGAGCAACAGCUCGCUCCAUGGAAAGCAACCCGAAACUUCCUUCUCGCUUCCCAAGGAAAGGCGAUGUUACAGUUACAUGGCGAGGGAGAUCCCACCGGCCGAGGAGAAGGAUUUAGUUUUAUAAAGACGUCUAUGAAAGGUGGUUUUAGAGCCGUGGGUGAAAGUGUUGAAGACAAGCUUGACGCUCAGAGGCUUAAGGAACUCGGCGGACACAGCUAUAAUGUUGCUCGCCAGCAGAAGUCGUACGAGGAUUCUAUUCGCAGGAUUUGGGAAAGUCAGAAAAAGAGCUUGUCAUCCACAAUUGAACACUCCGAUGCUGAGAGCGAUAUUGAUGUUGACGAAGCAGAAGAUUUGUUUGGUAAAUCUUCCCGGGUAGAUCGACGCACUCCUCUUACAGGACGCCGCGACGACGAUACGACGAGUCAGUUCAGCAGAUUAAGUACAUCAAGUCAAACCAAUAAAGUUAUGAAGAUUACUCGCCAGGUCAAAAACGCGCAAGGUCAGAUUGAGGAAGUCCAAGAAAUUGUCAAAGAUCCAAGGGUGAUCAAGCAGUAUCAGAAACAGCGUUAUGAGGCGGAACUCAGGGAGUUGUCUGCGGCUGAUAUGGUGCCAACUGGAGAUCCCGAAACCGACGCCAGGCGUAUGAAACACAUCCAAGACGAACUCCAGCGUCUACAACGCAACAAAGAGCGUCGUCACGCCCGCGAAAAGCAAAAGUCCCUUAUGACCGAACACAAAGAAGGAUCCCCGGACGCAGCCAAUUCACCGGCGCCCGCCACGGCUCCAAAGGGUGCCACACAGCGCAAAUGCGCCAACUGUGGACAGGUUGGGCAUAUCAAGACGAACAAGAAGCUCUGCCCCCUUCUCAACGGGACGAUGAAGCCCGAAGAAGGUGGGAAUGCGACAGCAUUUAUGAUGCCGGCACCGGCGGUUUAA